AUGUUUAUGAAGUUGGUUAAAGUACUUAUUCUGCAUUUGACGCUGCUAUGGUGCGUUGGUGAUGCUUUACACGGGGAACAACAUUAUUUUGAAUACUCAGAAGAUCCCUGGGAAACAGCCCAAAUCCUUUCAUCCAACAUGACAAGAAUAUUACAUCCUAAACUUACACCAAUGUUCAGCAAUAAUCCUUUUAUUGAUCCUGAAACAAAUUUUCUAAAAAUAGAGCUGCCUUAUGACUAUGAUCAGUCUGAGCAGGAAAUGGAAUACAUUAAACUUUGGGAUGCUCUUAGCUUGCAGCAGCGGCAGUUAUAUGACGCUGUUGAACAAUCUAGUAUCCUUUUCAACAAUUCUGAUGCAGCAUAUACAUUAUACAGAAUGCACCUAUAUGGGGAUUAUGGUAUUCCACAUAAUAAGACCCUAGCGUGGAAGUACUUACAAAUGUUUAAUGAGCUUACUGGAGGAUCUAAUAGCACAUCAUUGUUUGAUACAGCAGUAGCAUACAGCACGGGGCUAUUUGGUGAAAUACCAAUUGAUAAACCGAAAAGUUUAAUAUACUUUCAAAAAGCGAGUAUUUUGGGAGACAAGAAAGCUCAGUCGGCUUUAGCUUAUCGACGUCAUUCGGGCGUCGAUAUGCCAAUGGACUAUAAUAAAGCGUGUAUUAUGUAUCAAGAUCUAAUACAACGCUUGUGGAAUGAGCAUCCAAUAGAUUAUUGGUUAUUUUUGGACCAGUGGGAAGAAUUUUACUAUACCACAUUGAGUACGUAUUAUGGUGGGUUGCUUGGAAAACACAUCAGCAAGUCAAUGUCAGGUAGUGAGACAUUCAUCCCCCCUUACUGGUUUCAAAUAGGAUCAUUGUUUUACUCCGAAGAAGCAUCUGAAUUGGACGUCUGCACCUUGUAUAACGAAGCAGUACGUGGGUUCGUGGGUUCCCUUACGCAAUAUCCUGUACAUGAGGAGGUUCUUAAAAGGCUACUAAUGUUGUAUCGUACAUACAAAGAUCAAGUGGGUUUAGAUAUGGCAUCUCAGGGAUGCUAUGGAUGUGCAGUUGGAUUGUUGGGGCAUAUGUUUCUUCAUGGAUACGGAAUGGAAAGUCGUGACUUGAUACUGGCCGAGAAGUUUCUCCAAGAAUCUGCUCAAAUAAAUAGUGUCUGUGGGGUACAUGCCGUUACAGAACUGGGUCUAAUAAAACAAUAUAUUUACGGAGAUCUUCCAGCAGCAAAGCUAUGGUACGAUAAAUUGCCGACUGAAAGUUACAAGUUACUCUUUACCGCGUUAAGUGAAGACGAGCCUUCUGACCCCGAGAAGGAACUUCCAGUCAAGAAUAAGCUGCACUUUAUACCUUGGGCAGUUUAUGUGGUUAUCUUUCAAGGUUCCAUUCCAUCUGAAAAAUUUUUCGUUAAUCGUUAUGGAUACAUAGUUGAAAUGAUGAUGCAAACUGCCGAUCUUAAAGAUGCUUUUAUGAGUGUACUCCUGGGAAAUUUCGAAGUAGCAUUAUUCCAGUACGCUCGAUUAGCAGAGCAAGGUUAUUCUUCUGCAAUGGAGGCUGUCGCAUACUUAUUAUAUCGCCCACCAACCUUAUUCAAACCCGCCCCUGUCAUCCCUAAAGAGCGUCUUGAAGCCGCUCUCGUCUUCUAUGAAAGAGCAAUGCAGCACUACAACCCUGAUGCAGGCUUAGUAGCGGGCGAUAUUUACUUUAGGAACGGUGAUUAUAAGAAGGCUGCUGACUUAUAUUUAUACGUUAAUAAUGGGGACUUUGGAGGAGCUCAAAGUAGUUGGAAUCUCGGCUAUAUGUAUGAACAUGGCCUUGGAGUUAUGAAAAAUUUUGACUUGGCAAAAAGAUAUUAUGAAGCAGCUGUGAAUUCCUCUCCUCUCUUAUAUUUCAUUGUAAAACCCAUAAUAUUUAAAAUGGUUAUCAAGUCUUGGUUUGAGUCAAUCAGCUGGCUAAAGACUUGA